CGGCGCCUGCGCCGUAGCAGCCUGGAGUAGGUGCCCUUAGGCCGCCUGUCGCACCUUGACUCCUGCUGUCCGUGCGAGCCCGUUUGUGGUCUGUGUCCUGUGCACACGCCUGGCAAGCGACGGCGCCAUGAGUCUGACUUCCAGCGUAAAAGUUGAAUGGAUCGCAGCAGUUACCUUUGCUGCAGGCACAGCUGUGAUUGGUUAUCUAGCUUACAAAAGAUUUUAUGGUAAAGAUCAUCGCAACAAAUCAAUGGUCAACCCUCACAUCCAGAAAGACAACCCCAAGGUAGUACACGCUUUUGACAUGGAGGAUUUGGGAGAUAAAGCUGUGUACUGCCGUUGUUGGAGGUCCAAAAAGUUCCCAUUCUGUGAUGGAUCUCACACAAAACACAAUGAAGAGACUGGAGACAACGUGGGACCUCUGAUCAUUAAGAAAAAAGACACUUAAAUGGACAGUUCUGAUGCUGCAAACCAGCUUGUCGUCAUGUUACCUGAGUGUUUAAUUAGAAUGACUACCACUUCUGUCUAAUUCACCUCCCUUGAAUUCUUGAUGUGGUGUGUUGCAGACUACAGCGUUCAUAUUCGUGGCAUCUGCCUUACUUGUUGAACCAUCGUGGUGCACAUUUGCUUAAACAAAAAGAAAGGAAAAAGUAAAAACCAACCUCAUAGCCUGUGGGUUAUUUUGGUCUUGUAAGGAUCCGUUUCUUUACAUUUCAAAUAAUGACAUUAGAACAUAGUUGUGCAUUGAUCUUAAUGUAUUAAAUUAUUCUCAAAAUCAUGUAUAUGCAGAUUGUACUUGUAGGUUUCAAAGAAAAAUUAUCGUCUUUUAAUAUUACUUAGUUAACCUAGAAAGUAAAUUGAGUGUGAUUAAGCUACAUUAAUCUCUUAAUAUAAUCUAGGAAAAACUUGUUAGGACCUUCAUUUCUUGACAGUGGUCAAGGCACUGAGAAAAUAUAGCUUCUAUGUUUUCACAGUUUUCAGUCCAAAUGAACUUUGAAUGUUACUCUGCUGAAUUAUAUAAGUGGGCCAGGUCAAUAAUAAAGGGGUAGUGACUUCUUUGUAUUUA